ACAUCUAGUGCACUAGUAAAGCCGAAUGUCGCAUCUCGCUUAUCGAGGGUCUUAGAGGUAAUAGUGGAUUUAUUAAAUGAUAGAGCAUCUGCUAGAGAUGAGCCGGCAACUAAAAAUCGUCGUGUUCAGGAAAAGA